UGACUCCAAGUUCGUUCCAUACGUCACUCUAAAAGCUCUAAAGGAAGCUGUUAGCUCUACACCAGCUCCUUCGUCUUCUUCAACAUCAACUUCAGUUCCCACCAACCUUGAUUUAGAAAUUGUCCAAGAAGUUUUUGGCUCUUUACCAGAAAAAACAAUGGAGUUUGAAGUUUUUGACAUAUCUAAUAUUGCCACCCCUAACAAUUUUCCACCAGUUAAUAGAUCAAAACUUUUGGAUCCUGAUGAAUAUCUCGAAGAUGAUGAUAUAAAAGAAGACCUAAAAGAUUUUACAGUUGUUACCAAAGCUACCCCCUUUGCAGCUGCUAGUCAUAUCAAGUUUACACCCAAAGAAAAGAACAACAGCAAAAUUAUUCUCACUAUUAAUAAUAUUUUUGCUCAAAAUGACGAGUUUCGAGGUGUUUCAGUUUAUCACGUCAAUUUGACAUAUUCUGUAAUUGUCUAUUUUGUGACAUCAGACGUGGCUACUGCAGCCUUGCACGUGACUAUUCCUGAUCUUAAGAUUAACAUUUUCUGUAAUUUCUCACAAUAUAAAGCUGAUAUGCAAUUUAAUGAAAAAACCAUUCAUGUCACUGAUAUUCCUCUUCAAAUGAAACCUGCCAAUAUCAAACAAGUUUUUGCCAAAUAUGGAACUGUUACCAAUUUUAAAAUGACAGUAAGAG